AAGCCCUCCUUGUGCUCAGCUUCACACCGUAACUUGCUCUCCCCCUCUCUCUCUCUAGCUCUCUGCGAUCAUAUCUUAUCAGUGUGAGAUUGUGAAAGAGUGAUCGAUUGCGAAAAUGGCAUCGGGUGAUUUCGAGGACGAUGCUGAGGCAACUGUAACGAUGGAAGAGUACAUCGAAAGCAUGGAUGCCGAAGAGCUGGAAGCUGACUUGGUGUUGGGUGGAGACGAGGGAGAUGAGUGUACUUACCCAAAGGGUUACAUGAAAAGACAGGCCAUUUUCUCUUGCAUUACAUGUACUCCAGAGGGGAAUGCUGGAGUCUGCACUGCCUGUUGCUUAACUUGUCACGAUGGUCAUGAGCUUUUGGAGCUCUGGACUAAGAGAAAUUUCCGAUGUGACUGUGGGAACUCCAAGUUUGGAACUUUAGCCUGUAAGCUUCUCCCGGGCAAAGAUGUAGAGAACCCCGAGAAUUCUUACAACCAUAACUUCAAAGGCUUGUACUGCUCUUGCGACAAACCUUACCCUGACCCAAAUGGGGAGGACCACGGGGAGAUGAUACAGUGUUGUAUCUGUGAGGAUUGGUUUCACGAGGAGCAUCUCGCUCCCAAACCUUCAGACGGUGUUAGUAGCCAGAUUCCAAGAGAUGAGGAAGGAGUGCCGGUUUAUGAGGAUUUCAUUUGUCAAAACUGCUCUCCAGUUUGUUCGUUUCUCACACUCUACCCCGAGAAACUGUGGAUUGCUGCUAAAGUUGAUUCCAAUGGUUCUGCUAAUGCUUCUUCAGACACUACCGAGACAAACCAAACCCCCACAGCUACUGAAGCUCUCCAGCCUGAGAACAGCACUGAAGCUGAAAAAUCUGUUUUGAGAGGAUGCUCUGAGAAGCUCGCCGACUCUGAACCCUUUCCUGCGGCUGGUUGUGCUAUUGCGACGGGUCUAACCUCGUGUCCUGAGUUUGAGAAGAAACCGCUGUUUGUAACCAAAAACUGGAGGAACAUGCUAUGCAAAUGCGAGAAGUGCCUAGAGAUGUACAGCGAGAGAAAGGUUAGCUAUUUACUUGAUGCAGAGGACACGAUUGCCGAAUACGAGAAUAAGGCGAAGGAGAAAAGAACAGAGAAACUGGAGAAACAGGAAGGCGAAGCACUUGAUCAUUUUAACAAUCUCGACCAUGUAACUAAAGUUGAGCUCUCUCACGGCAUCAAAGACUUCAAAGAAGGGUUCAGGAGUUUACUGGAGUCUGUUGGUACUUCAAGGGCGAUAACGUCUGAAGAUGUUGAGGAGAUGUUCUCAAAACUGAAAAAUAAACGCAAAAGGAUGGAGUGAGUUAAGUAGUCAAUGACGAGAGGAGGUUUGAGUUAUUACGGUACUAAAUUCUGUUUCUUUCCAUAUCGCAUGUUAACUUUCUUUAGGUAUGUUGGUUUAAAAUGAGGAGUGAGGAGGUUACUCUAAUCUCUAUGACUGUCUUUAGCUCCUAAGUUAUGCAAACAACUUUGUACUUCAGUGUAUGGAGUUUGUAGCUUUUGUGUAACAGCAGACUAUUAUCUAUAUAAACUACUAGUUCUAUGACUA